AUGUCGGACGUGACGGCUGUGAUGGAUCUGGAGGUGGAGGAGCCGCAGCUGGCGCUUCCACCGGGGUUCCGGUUCCACCCCACCGACGAGGAGGUGGUCACCCACUACCUCACCCGCAAGGUCCUCCGCGAAUCCUUCUCCUGCCAAGUGAUCACGGACGUCGACCUCAACAAGAACGAGCCGUGGGAGCUCCCGGGCCUGGCGAAGAUGGGCGAGAAGGAGUGGUUCUUCUUCGUGCACAAGGGCCGGAAGUACCCGACGGGGACGCGCACCAACCGGGUGACGAAGAACGGCUACUGGAAGGCGACGGGAAAGGACAAAGAGAUCUUCCGCGGCAAGGGCCGGGACGCCGUCCUCGUCGGCAUGAAGAAGACGCUCGUCUUCUACACCAGCCGCGCCCCCAGCGGCAGGAAGACGCUGUGGGUGAUGCACGAGUACCGCCUCGAGGGCCAGCUGCCCCAUCGCCUUCCCCGCACCGCCAAGGACGAUUGGGCUGUUUGCCGGGUGAUCAACAAAGACUUGGCGGCGAGGAAUGCGCCCCAGAUGGCGCCGGCGGCCGACGGGGGCAUGGACGACCCUCUCGCCUUCCUCGAUGUCGAUGACUUGCUCAACAAUGAUGACUUGCUUAACAACGCCGACCUGCUCGAUAACGCUGACCUGCCGAUGCUCAUGGACUCACCGUCUGGCGCCGACGAUUUCGCCGGCGCUUCGAGCUCCACCUCCAGCGCCGCCCUGCCGCUUGAGGCGGACACUGAGCAUUUGACUAUCAAGAUGGAGCCGCCGCAGCAGAUGCAGAGCCCAAACUCCUUCAUGCCGGCGACGGCCAACGGCAAUCUUGGCGGCGUCGGGUACUCGCCCUACCAGGCUAUGGGCGAUCAGCAGGUCGCGAUCCGCAGGUACAGCAAGCCGAAGGCGGAGGUAGCGUCUUCGUCCGCGCUGCUGAGCCCUUCGCUGGGCUUGGACACGGCGGCGCUCGCCGGCGCGGACACCUCGUUCCUGAUGGCGUCGUCGCGGUCGUACUUCGAUCUGGAGGAGCUGUUCCGGGGCGAGCCUCUCAUGGACUACUCCAACAUGUGGAAGAUAUGA